CGGAAUUGUGACUUUGUGACGAAGGGACUUUUGAUUGAAAUGCGCGGUUUUUCACCUAUUUUGUUGGGCAACCGACGGAAGGAUCAGAAACAACCAAUGUCACCUCCCCCAGACGUGACUUUCAUCUUCGCCGAAGAUGUGGUUGAGUGGGACACCUAUUUGUCUCGUCAAUUCGAAGGCAGUGGAGCUGUCAUCCAGCACGAACAAGUCGAGAAGAUGACGUUCCCUUUGCCCUGUUCGAAAUCGAACGUGUUCAGCGACGCCCGAGUGGUUCUGGUCAUCCUGUCACCAGCCCUGGUAGCUUUCCUCGACACACAUGCUGCUGACAGCUUCCAGUUUACCAGGCUUUUGAAGCCGAGCAAGACGAUUGCGAUGCUGUGCGGUGUUUCAGGAUCCAGCAUAGGUGGAGUAAAGAAUGUAUUAAUCUCUUAUGAUGACUGGCGCCAUCUAGAGGCAAAAGAUAAAGAUAUUAACAUGGUGAGGAAUGUAAUCGAAUUGAUUCAUGAUUUCUUGGCGAAAUCGAAGGAAAGUGAAAGAAUAAACAAACCUAAAUUCAAAUUAGUUCCUAGAAAAGUACAAGAGGGCAAUGGUAAAGUUUAUGUCAUGUUGGCCAAACCUUUGGAGAACAGUGCUCGUGUAAAAAUAACUUUAGAAGCUAAUGGUGCUAGAGAAGUUCCGACUAAAAAGAGAAAUCCGUACACACUAGUUUUUGUAAUACCAGAUGAAUUAAUGCAAGCCCAGAAUAUGGUUAAUGUGCAUGUGUGGUGUGGAGAAGAUUUACUUGGAGUUAGUCAAGUGAAAUGCGUGACAAAAAUGGGAGAACUCUUUAGCCUCUUGUCCAAUGUCAUAUCACCAUAUGAAUUUCUGUGCAAUACAUUAGGCAUGGCUACACUGCAUGAAGUUGAUACUCAUGUGACUGCAGCUUUCAAGAAAAACUUGCCCAAGUCUGGUUUUGAUUUACUGCAGCUUGAUGCUAAAUUUGAAAAAAUCAAAACAAAGGAAGAAUUUCCAACACUUCUCCAUUUUGCUGCUCGUCAUGGACUUUCUCAACUAGUCAAAGAACUGCUUUUAUGUCCGUCUGCAAGGAAUGCCUGUCUCCUCAAAAAUACUCGAGGAUUAAGCCCUGCUCAACUGGCUAAUCAUGCAGGGCACAAUGAUGUUGCAGCUGCCAUUGAUGAUUUUUUACAAAUUUCCCACAAUCAAGGAAAACAGAAUUUUGAAACUACAACUGUGCUUGCUCAUACACCUCAUGUUCCAGACAAUACUAACUGCAAUAAUCAAUCAGAUUACUAUGAUAUUCCUGCUCAUCCCAUUCCAGUAUUACAGCUUCCAGCAAAUCGUCCAAUUGCAUCUUUUUCGAAUGAGAAAGAAAGUGAUUAUAUGAAAAUGAAGGGAUCUCAUAAGGAGAAUAUUGAACCUUCUCAAAAUUUUUUGGUUGACACUAACGCUGGGAAACAACAUGAAAUUUCUUUGAAUGCAAUAGGAACUGCAGAAAAAACAAAAUUAACUUUGUUAGAAAGUCAAGCAAAGUUGAUUGAAAUAAUGGAAGCUUACAAGAAAGGAGCAUCAUUAACAGAAGUUGAAAAAUUGCACAAUGAGUGGAAAGUACUGUACCAAGUGUCUGAUAUAGAGGCUAAGAGCACUCUUGAUGGUCUGAGAAAUUUAUAUGCAAAAGUUCAAAAGGCAAAGUUAAAUAAAAAGCAUUCAUCAAGUUUUUCUGAACUAAGACAAUUUUUUAAUUCCAAAUUAAGAAGAAAAGAAAGCAUUGGUUCAAAGAAUCCUCUGAGUCGGAAAGGUUCGAAAGAAAGCUUAUCUGAAAAAUUAAGCACUGAGAGUGAAGUUCUAAGACCUGUUAGUACUUUAAGUGUACUUUCAAAUACAAGUAGCUCCAGUGGAUCUUCUUUUGAUAGGCUAAGCACAGUCAGUGCUGGUUCAGAUAGUGGUCAUCACUCUGAUUUUUGUGAUGAACGCAACAAUAAAAUGAAGGAACGAUUUGAAUCUCGUUACCAUUUACAGCAGAGAAUUGCCAACAAAAAUGGGAACGCAUUUAAUUUUCAAAAGCCUGUGCAAAAUCUGUCUCUAAGUAGUAAACCUCCAGCUCCUCCCCCAAGACCUGUAAAACCUGUAACCCAUUAUGGAAGUCUGGAAGACUGUAAGCAAGUUGAUAUUCCCCAGUAUGCUGUUUCUAAAAAGAAAGUUGCCUCUUCAUUUGACGAUACUUUUAAACUUUUAGAUUUUAACUCUUCCCAAUCCAAAAGUGCAACAUUAAGUAAUGACUUUCGAUGCAUGAGGCGCUCAUCUGUAUCUACUACAGAUUUUAAUGAUGAUGAUCCCAACGCAAACUAUGACUGUCCUCCUCCCCCAAGAACACAUUCUUCUUUGAAACCUCAGGUCUCCAAACGCAGCAGUGAUCCAAAAACAGAUUAUGACUUAGUCCCACCUCCUUUGCCAGUAUCUGCCCCACCUCGCAAACAAGACUUUCCAGCUUGUGACAUUGAUCAAUCAUAUGAUAUUCCUAAUCCAACUGCAAUGCUAUCACCAUUCCAGAGAUCCAACAGUGUUUCAUCAAACUACGACUUUCCAAAGACUACUCUGAUGGACAACACUGACACGCAAGUAGGUUGCACCUGCCAAAUGAUGGCGAAUAAGAACAAUUUAAGCUCUGUAAAAAGUUGCUGUAUUGGAAAUAAGCUAUCAUCUUUGAAAAAAAUGAACAGUCUUCCAUCUGUUCCUACCUCUGAUGUCAUCAUCUUGAACAUUGAAAAAGAAAUUUCUAACAAAAGUCCCAAGAGUCCCAUUGAAAAUCGAACUGUACAUAAUCAGUAUUACAAUGUGUGUCUUCGAUCUUCUCGUGAACCGGAGAAGGAUAACAGGGAUAGUAUUCCGGAAGAAAUGGCUCCUCCACCACCUGUGAUUGACACAGAUUCAUCUGAAGGACACUAUAAAAUGGUUGGAGCUCCCAUUCCGAUUUCUAUUUCUACUAAGCGAACAUGA